UGGUUUUACGUACUCGAGGCUGAAAUAUAUCGACGACAGCGACUUGAUGAAUAUAUUUCCUAAAAGGAAGCAAAUCGGGAUCCGAGCCGAAUUCAGGUAUAAACUGAAGAAAUGGAGAGAAGAAACUGAUGAAGAACAAAAUGAUGAACAACGCGACAAACAGUUAGCUUCGACUCAUAAAAGUUCGACUUGUUCCAAUACGUACGUCCAGUCCCUACUUCUGUCAUCAGACAUUGGAGCUAAAAUAGUACAAGAAGUCCAAAAAUCACAAACCCUAUCAGAUCUACACAGAAGGAAGAUCUUGACGAUUGUUGCUGACAGCUUUUACAAUGCAACACUCAAUAAAUACCAAAUUCCAAACGUAAGCGAAAUAGAGAGACUGGCGGACCAAAUUGUCUCAAUAUUUCCCAAUGAGAAAAAAGAAUUGUACUUUCUUAGUAGAAAGAUAUCUGGUCGCCACAACCCGGGAGGCUUACUAUAUAAUAAGAUUCAUAACUUGAACCGAAAAAAUAAGUAUACACUAAAACGACGUCGCAGCAGUUCAGAAUCCGAAAAUGAGGUUACAAUUACAAUUAAAAACGAGUGUAUCGAAAGCGUUUUUGGAGAAUGAGGUAGAAAGACUAAAACUUACUGCAGUCACUAAGCAUUAUGGCACCACUUUAAAUUUCCAAAUGAUUACAAUUUUCAAAAUAAAAUUAUUUACGUAAAUAAGAAAU